AUGACUCGCAAAAUCUUCACCAACACAAGAGAGCGAUGGAGGCAACAGAAUGUCAAUAGUGCUUUUGCAGAGCUGAGAAAACUUAUUCCAACUCACCCACCUGACAAGAAAUUAAGUAAAAAUGAAACUCUAAGACUGGCUAUGAGAUACAUCAAUUUUCUUAUCAAUAUACUUGGAGACCAGGCUAUAACAAAAGAUGGAGCAACAUCAGAAAAAACUAUUUUGGGCAUCUUUGAACCUGAGCCGCAAUUGUCAAAUCUACCAGAAUGGACUAUGAUGGAUCACUCCAGUGACUCUUCUCCUGGAACAAGCAGUGAUACUCAGGAUUGCUGGUCAUUAGUCCACUCUCCAUAG